AUGGUUGACUUUGCUGAUGUUGCUUCUGUCAUGGUUGACUUUGCUGAUGUUGCUUCUGUCAUGGUUGACUUUGUUGAUGUUGCUUCUGUCAUGGUUGACUUUGCUGAUGUUGCUUCUGUCAUGGUUGACUUUGUUGAUGUUGCUUCUGUCAUGGUUGACUUUGUUGAUGUUGCUUCUGUCAUGGUUGACUUUGUUGAUGUUGCUUCUGUCGUGGAACCAGCAGAAGGAACCAUAGAACAAUACCCAGCAGAAGGAACCAUAGCACAAUACCCAGCAGAAGGAACCAUAGCACAAUACCCAGCAGAAGGAACCAUAGCACAAUACCCAGCAGAAGGAACCAUAGCACAAUACCCAGCAGAAGGAACCAUAGCACAGUACCCAGCAGAAGGAACCAUAGCACAGUACCCAGCAGAAGGAACCAUAGCACAGUACCCAGCAGAAGGAACCAUAGCACAGUACCCAGCAGAAGGAACCAUAACACAAUACCCAGCAGAAGGAACCAUAGCACAGUACCCAGCAGAAGGAACCAUAACACAGUACCCAGCAGAAGGAACCAUAGCACAGUACCCAGCAGAAGGAACCAUAACACAAUACCCAGCAGAAGGAACCAUAGCACAGUACCCAGCAGAAGGAACCAUGGCACUAUACCCAGCAGAAGGAACCAUGGCACUAUACCCAGCAGAAGGAACCAUAACACAAUACCCAGCAGAAGGAAACAUAACACAAUACCCAGCAGAAGGAACCAUAGCACAAUACCCAGCAGAAGGAACCACAGAACAAUACCCAGCAGAAGGAACCAUAGCACAAUACCCAGCAGAAGGAACCAUAGCACAAUACCCAGCAGAAGGAACCAUAACACAAUACCCAGCAGAAGGAACCAUAACACAAUACCCAGCAGAUGGAACCAUAGCACAAUACCCAGCAGAAGGAACCAUUGCACAAUACCCAGCAGAAGGAACCAUAGCACAAUACCCAGCAGAAGGAACCAUAGCACAAUACCCAGCAGAAGGAACCAUGGCACUAUACCCAGCAGAAGGAACCAUAGCACAAUACCCAGCAGAAGGAACCAUAACACAAUACCCAGCAGAAGGAACCAUAACACAAUACCCAGCAGAAGGAACCAUAGCACAAUACCCAGCAGAAGGAACCAUAGCACAAUACCCAGCAGAAGGAACCAUAGCACAAUACCCAGCAGAAGGAACCAUAGCACAAUACCCAGCAGAAGGAACCAUAGCACAUACCCAGCAGAAGCACAAUACCCAGCAGAAGGAACCAUAA